CUAUCCGUGACGUCAUCGCGCCAACAGCAGCGCAAAGACAACCAAACAUAGCAUGGCGAACUACAGAGGAGAAGCCGACGAGCGAGAAAUUAUCAAGCCACCAUUGCGGUCCAGUGUGUGGAAACACUUUGGCUUUUGCAAAGACGGAGAUGUUCUAAAUAAGUCGCUCGCUGUUUGUAGGAUAUGUAAAGGUCAAGUAAAGUACAACGGCAACACGACAAAUCUCUCCAACCACCUACUAAGGCGCCAUGGGAUUUCACACAACACCGACCGUCCAGGCACCUCUUGCAGCGUUCCCGCUGCUACAGCAGCGAAAGGUAAAGUCAACUCUGCAGAAGCCUCAGGUCUCGCCUGCAUGUUUAGUCAGAGACUAGGCCAAAACUCAGCUCGGGCGAAAAACAUCACGGCAACAAUUGCCAAGUUUAUCUGCAAAGACAUGCGACCCUACAGUGUGGUUGAAAAUCCGGGAUUCCGUGAAAUGAUUCAAACAUUGGAGCCAAGGUACACAAUACCAAGCCGACCACACUUCUCAGAAAAGGUUAUUCCUGCAUUGUACGAAAGUACUAAGAAUGAUGUGAAGCUGUCGCUUUCUCAAGCUGAACGAGUAGCGAUAACGACAGAUGGCUGGACGUCAUGCUCAAAUCAAGGGUAUGUGACAAUUACCUCUCAUCACAUUGAUCCGGAGUGGAAAAUGAAGACCUUUGUUCUGCUAACCAGAGUUUUAAAUGAAGCCCAUACUGGUAAAAAUAUUGGCGCGUUACUGCGUGAAGCCUGCAUGGAGUGGAAAAUCUACGACAAGAAUCCUGCCAUCGUCACAGAUAACGCCAGGAAUAUGAUUGUGGCCGGUGCAGAAGCCCAGUUCAGUCCACACAUUACCUGCUUCGCACAUACACUCAACCUUGCCUCGCAGAAGGGUUUGGGGGUGGACCGUGCUUCCAGGUUGUUGGGGAAAGUGCAAAAUAUUGUUGGAUAUUUUCACCGCAGCCCGAUUGCAUGUCACGCCCUAGAGGAAAAACAAACUCUGAUGGAUUUACCAAAACAUAAACUGAUCCAAGACAUAAUCACCAGAUGGAACAGUUCAUUCGAAAUGCUUGAACGUUUUUUGGAACAACAGCCAGCUAUAAUGGCAACUCUGAUGUCCAAGGAUCUACGAAAGGGGGUCACAGAUGUAGGCACGCUGAGUGAGAGUGAUAUUGCCAACAUGGAUGACAUUGUUCAGUUGAUGGGUCCUGUCAAAAUGGCAACCACUGUGAUGUGUGAAGAAGACCAGCCAACUCUCUCUGUAAUUGCUCCUCUUCAAGCAAAACUGCUGAAACACCUACAGCCAUGCGAAGACGACUCAACCCUGGUUGCAGAGAUUAAGAGGGUGAUGGCCAGUGACCUCUCCACACGCUACAGAGGCACCCAAGAUGCUCUCAACAUAGCAUCAGCGUUGGACCCGCGAUUUAAAGAACUGCCCUACCUGGAAAAAGAGGACAGAGAACAGGUCUACACAAAACUGGUUUUUGAGGCAGAAGUGUCCCACCAGAUGCAAGCAAUGGGAAAUCAGGAGGAAGACGAGGGAAGCUCAAGCACAAAGCUGUCAGGAUUCAAUGAAGAGACCACAGCUCCAAAUGAGUCACCUCCUUGUAAGAAGAAAGCCUUAGAUGCGCUGUUUGGCGAUUCCUUCACCCAAAGAGAAAGAAAAUCCACAAGCGAGACAGCCAGAGCAGAGGUGUUAAAGUACCGAGCAAAAGAUGCGUUGCCUUUGACUGAAAAUGCCAUGAAGUGGUGGAGAUCUCAGGAGAAAGAGCUACCUGUACUUUCCACCCUUGCUAAACGGUACCUGUGCAUUCCAGGCACCAGUGUGCCAGCAGAACGAGUUUUUAGUACUGCUGGCGACAUAGUGAACGCACAGAGAAGUGUUCUGCAGCCAGAUCAUGUUGAUCAGUUGAUAUUUUUGAAAAAAAAUCUGUAGUCAUUGAAGAGUAGCCUAGUAGGUUACACUUGAUCUUUUGUUGAAUAUUGUUUGUUUAUUAAAAUGAGAGUAGUAGCAGGUUCAUCCACUGCUCAUUC